GGCUUACCGAUACGGAGGUGGAUGAACGAGUACAUCAUUUCACCCGUGUGUUCCUGGAUCUCAGGGAGACGUUGGAAAGCCGUUUAGAGAGGAUGGUGGUCGUUUAUAUAUUGAAGGCUUAUUCAAGCCUCGAGUCGCAGGGGUUAUUUCCAAAAUUGCAGGUUUUCUUUGGUCCUCGAGAUCAGCCGACACUGAAUUCACCUUGUCUUCCUGGGACACGCCAGAACGCCAUCGAUGAUGUUUUGAAAUGGUUCAACAGUGACAAGGACGAGGUUCUAUGGCUUACAGGACCUCUAGGUUCUGGAAAGACCGCGCUGGUGUCUACAAUCGCUUCAGCCGUCCGUUCUUGCGGUCGCCUAGGGGCCAGUGUUAGCUUCGCAUACGGGGAUAAUAUCCACCCGAUUAAGAAAGACACCACAUGGUUCAUCAAUACGCUCACCAUCGAACUUGGCUUAUUCGACUCUCGAGUGGGCACCGCCAUCAUUCAUGCAGUCGAAUCCAAUCCGAACUAUCGCAUGUCCAGCGUUCAUGAUCAAUACGAAAUCCUUGUCAAGGCACCUCUGCGCAAAGUACAGGAGCUGGGGAAGGAA